AUGGCGAAUUUCUUCGACAACAAAGCCCGCGCCGCCGCCGCCGCUUCCAGCUUGAAAACCAAACCCAGCGAGUCUGUCGUCGCAGCCCCUCGAAUGCAGCCAUGGGUGGAGAAAUAUCGACCGAAGAGUCUCGAAGAAGUCAAGAGCCAGGAACAUGCUACCGAAACCUUGCGCAGAAUGGUCAAUGCCUCGAAUCUUCCUCACCUCCUGCUUUACGGACCAGCGGGAGUGGGGAAGACGUCGACCGUUCUUGCGCUGUGUCGGGAAUUGUUUGGACCAGAACUCUUCUCCUCGCGAGUGCUUGAGUUGAACGCAUCAGAUGAGCGAGGCAUUACCGUCAUCAGAGAACGAGUUAAGCAAUUUGCGGCCCUGCAUCUUGUCAAUGCGCCGGUGUCAAAGGAGUACCGAGCUCAUUAUCCAUGUCCGCCUUUCAAAGUUGUCAUCCUCGAUGAAGCCGAUUCUUUAAGCCAGGAUGCUCAAGGAGCUCUCCGCCGAGUGAUGGAGAUCUUUAGUGGAAGCACGCGCUUCUGCCUUUGUUGCAAUUACGUUAGUCGAAUUAUCAGCCCAAUCGCAAGUCGCUGCUCCAAGUUUCGCUUCAAACCCUUGGAAGGUGAAGAUGCCGCAAACAGAAUCAAAGAGAUUUUGACAGCGGAAAAUGUCAAGUGCGAUGACGGCGUUAUUGAGAAGACCCUCAAAGUUUGCGAGGGCGAUCUACGACGUGCUAUGAACCUGCUUCAGAGUGCUGCUCGACUAGUGGACUCCUCGAAUCCCGAUUCAAAUGGAAAGCAAUGCUCGAAGGACUUGGACGAAGAGAUGGCAGACAGCGAUACCAAUAAAGCCCCCCCGCCCAAAUCAAAUAGCAUCAAGGUCUCUGUCAUUGAGGAGAUUGCUGGCGCCUUUCCUCAAGAUUCGGCUGAUCAGUUGGUCGCAGUCCUCAAGAAUGGCAAUACGCGAAAUUACGACUCUGUGGCGGCGGAAAUAACAGACAUUGUGGCGGCAGGGUAUCCGGCCAAUGAGGUCAUAUCGAGCCUCUACCAGAAACUGAUCUUUGACGACCUGCUGGAAAAUAACAAGAAAUAUAAGCUUACAGGCGUCUUUUCCGAGUUCGACAAGCGUUUGGUUGAUGGUAUGGAUGAACAGCUUGCCAUGCUGGAUUUGUCGUGCCAGAUUGCUGGCGUGUUAGCUGCUUAG